GUGUGAGGCAGUCGUGGCAGUGAAAGGCAUGAGAUGCCAACACCAGGACACGUUGUGGUCGUCGGAAGGAGCGGACAAGUACAUUAAAAGUCAUGCUCCUCCCGGGUUCAGACAAAAAAGGAGCACCUGUCGAUGGUUGAUGCUGCCUCCUUCUCACCAGUGCCACCAUCACCGACUUUCCUUUUCCCCUGCCCAGCCGUCAGUCAGCAGGGACAUGCAACCAUUGGACGCCACCGGACAUCAUCACUUUCCCACUUGCAAAAACCGACCAUCAACUCUAACGCAAGCACGGCAAGCCAGGCGGUUGGCGUGCGGGAGGAUCACCCCUCAAGUUCAACCGGUGUUAUUUAUGUAGGGUCACCUACCAGCCGCGAUUCCCUACGUCCAGUCGGGUGCCUACUCGCCUACGAAGCAAGGUUGACCAGCUGGGUUGUUCCCAAGAGCUGUAACUGUGACGUGGACCCUUGCGCCCUCCCUCUCUUCUCUCAGUCUCCGAAGGUGUCGUUGUGUAUUAUACCUUGGGUACGAAUGCUCUCGUUUUCACGCUCACGCUCACACAUAUUUGUACCUUACCGCUCACGUCUGACAGCAUUCCCAAAGGUGGUGUUCCAGCAACACUCCAGCUGCCCAGUCCCCUGCUUACCGCCUCGCCCCAGCCCUGGAGCCCUGGAAAAAAGUCCAGGUCACGGCCACAGCCAAGCCAAGCAAACCAAGUCAGACAGACCCUGUCCAUUGAUCCAGACAGACGUCGCUCGCGCUUCCAUUUAUUUUUCUACGGGGACAGCCAAAGCUCGGCCAAGGGAAAAUCAUGACUUAAUAACCUUGAAUUGGCCCCCGUCUUCUUUCUUACUCCCACUUUCAGUCUCUCCGGACCCCCCCGUUGCGACGGUCUCUUCUCCUUUUCAAACAACAUCAUCGGCUUUUCAUUCGGCUGCCGUGCCUGCGUGCGUCAGAACCAUAGAAACAUCGAACCAGGUACCGCGCGCCUUUUCAGCUCCUCCCCAGCAAUGCGGUCUUUACCCGCAAUAGUGGGCGCCGCCCUGCCUCUGCAGCUCGCCCUGCUCCAGCAGUUGUUCCUGCAUGGCGUCAUUGCAACACCUGUCGCCAGCGGGCAGCAACAAAUCGUCAUUGGUUCAGAGGUCGCAGAAACAGUCGCACAAGAAGGAUCUCGACGUCUAAGUGGAAAGUUUCUACACAUUACUGACUUUCAUCCCGAUCAAUUCUACAAAACCCACUCCUCUACCGAAGAAGGCGUCGCAUGCCAUUCAGGCGAUGGACCCGCCGGCUACUAUGGCGCAGAAACCUCCGACUGUGAUACGCCAUCUUCCCUCGUAAACGCGACCUUUGACUGGAUCGCCGCGAAUAUUGUAGACGACAUCGAUUUCGUCAUCUGGACUGGCGACUCUGCGCGCCACGACAGUGAUGAGAGCAUUCCUCGUAGCCCGGGCCAGGUGCUCGGCACAAAUCGAUGGAUCGCCGACAAGUUUGCGGAAACCUUUGGUGACCCGAAAGACUCCUCGAAAAUGGCUGUACCUGUCAUUCCGACGUUUGGGAACAAUGAUAUUCUACCGCACAAUAUCCUCCUGCCAGGGCCCAAUAAGUGGUUAGGAUACUAUGCCGAGAUCUGGAAGCGCUUCAUCCCCGAGGAGCAACGCCACUCUUUCGAGUUUGGAGGCUGGUUCUACACCGAAGUCAUUCCCAAAAAGCUCGCCGUAUUCAGUCUCAACACAUUGUACUUUUUCGACCGAAACGCCGGUGUCGACGAUUGCCAACAGCCGUCCGAGCCAGGUUUUAAGCAAAUGGAGUGGCUUCGCGUGCAGCUGGAGUUCCUCCGCGAACGCGGCAUGAAGGCCAUCCUCAUGGGCCACGUGCCCCCGGCCCGGACCGACAGCAAGAAGAAUUGGGAUGAAACCUGCUGGCAAAAGUACAACCUUUGGAUGCAGCAGUAUCGGGAUGUUGUUGUUGGUUCGCUUUAUGGUCACAUGAACAUUGAUCAUUUCAUUGUACACGAUACCAAGGAGAUCGACAUCAACAUCUUGGGUGGUUUCGCGGUAGACGACGACGUCGGGCGCGAAGCUUUUGAGGAUGAACUCGAAAUCCAAUCGGCACAGGACUAUCUCACAGAAUUGCGGGAAGGCUGGGCAAAGUUGCCAGCCGUCAACGUGAAGGUUCUCGAGGAGGAAGAUACUGUGGAGUCGGAUGCAAAGGGCAAGAAGGACAAGAAGAAGAAAAAGAAGAAGCCAGGAAAGGAGUUGGGCGGCAAGUACGCAGAGCGAUACCACCUCUCUCUCGUCGGCCCCAGUAUCGUCCCCAACUACUUCCCCACGCUCCGUGUCGUGGAAUACAACAUUUCCGGCCUCGAGGACGCUGCGGUUUGGACCGACUCGUUCACCAACUCUGUACCCGCUCUAGCACUCCCGUCAGAUGACGAUCCCGUCCACGAAGAAUUGAAGCGCGAAAUUGACGCCGCCAAGAAGAAGAAGAAGAAGGGCAAAAAGGGAAAGAAGCCGACAAAACCCAAGGAUCCCAAUUUGGUCAUCCCUCAGCCGCCGCCUGCAGGCACCGGCCCUGGCCCGGCAUACGCACCUCAGCCUCUGACCUUCCUUGGAUACACCCAGUAUUUUGCAAACCUGACCUACCUCAACAACGACAUGACGCACGAAAGCAAGGACGCAUCUGGAAGCAAGUGGCGUGACGGCAUCCACAAGGACAAGGAUCCCAAGUCCAAGAAGCCCAAGCCACGCCCCUUUGCGUUCGAGGUUGAAUAUAGUACCUUUACCGACAAGAUUUACAAGCUAUCGGACUUGACCGUUCGCAGUUACGUCAAGCUGGCGAACCGCAUUGCCAAGGAGAAUGCUAAGAAGGGCAAAGGGAAAGCUCUUGCUGAGGAUUAUGAAGAAGACGAUGACGAAGACGUAGAAGAAGGAGAAGAGGAGUCAUUAGACGAGAAGAAGGAAGUGGUCGAAGACGAAGAGCACGAUGAUGACGACGCAGACGACGACGAUGAAGACGACGAAGAUGAAGAUGUAGAAACAGAGAAGAAGAAGGGUAAGAAAGGCAAGAAGGGUAAGAAGGGCGGAAAGAAGAAGAAGAAGAAGCACAACAAGGUGUGGCUGCAUUUCUUAAAGCAUGCGUUCAUCAAGACGGUGCCCCAGAAGAAAUUGAAGAAGUUUUAGAGGACGAUCGAGAGACAGAGCAUGAGAGCUAGAAAGCGCGCGAGAUGCACUGGUCAUUGGUUCUUGUCGUCGCAAGCUUGCAUUAUAAGCAUUUGCUAGACUUUGUUGGAACUUGUCAUAUGGGCUAGCACUUUGUAUUUGAAAGAAACAGAGGCGUUGUGGGAGCAUGGGCAAAGGGUGGCGAAAUCUUAUGAGUUUUUAUUUCUAUUUUAUUCAGCUG